AUGGCCGGUUCUCAGGACGAUUAUCGUGACCGCAGGCGGCGCUCAGCAUCUGGUUCCCGCGACCGAAACCGAGACCGGCGACGAGACGACGAUCGCCGCAGCUCUCGUCGAGACAGUCCUCGACGACGAAGUUCCCGCAGCCCCUCUGGGAGGGCUAGUGUUAGAGAGGAGCGUGGCAGGCAUCAACGUCAGCGUCGAGAGCACUCGACAAGCUCAGUAGACGAAGACCGCCGGAGACACAGACACCGCAGCCAUCGACACCGCGAUGGGCGCGAUCACGACCGAUCGUCACGGAAACGCCGAAGUCCACGACCUCGAUCUCGCUCUCGACGGCGGUCGCGCAGUCCACCACGAGCAUUACAACGAAAAGGCCCGCUGCCCUCGCAAUCCGACGCGUUUAACGCCACGGAAGUGACGCAGUCCUCGGAUGCACCGGCGCCAGAAAAACAAAAGCCCAAUUUUAAUGCGACAGGACGACUUGCGGCCGAGAGCAACUCGGUCCAGGUGGGAGGCGGUGAAACUAUUGUCUUGAAAUACCACGAGCCUCCGGAGGCUCGCAAGCCGCCCCCUAAGGAACCCUGGCGAAUGUACGUGUUCAAGGGCGAGGAGCUAUUAGAGGUGGUAGAGCUGGGCGAACGCAGCUGCUGGCUGAUCGGCCGUGAGCGCCAGGUGGUAGAUUUCCCACUCGAUCAUCCCAGCUGCUCGAAGCAGCAUGCUGCGCUGCAGUUUCGAUUCGUUGAGAAACGCAACGAAUUCGGUGACCGCAUUGGCAAGGUCAAGCCCUAUCUCAUUGACUUGGAGAGCGCGAAUGGGUCUAGUGUCAAUGGGGAGCCCGCGCCGGCUGGCCGCUACAUGGAGAUCAUGGAUAAGGACGUGCUCCGGUUUGGACUAAGCACUCGGGAAUACGUCUUGAUGCUGCCUCCCAGCUGA